GGGGUAAGAUUACUUAAAACCGGGACUAGUAGCAUCGUUGUCAAGUCUUAGGAUGUAGAGUCUGAUAGUAGUUGUAGCGCCAGUUCAUUGCGCCGCUUUUCGUAGUUCCUCAGUGCCUAAAUGUUGCGUCUUUGUCUUAGUCUUUCGCGUUUGUUUUACAAAAACAGAAGCACAGAAUGAACUUGCGUAGCCCUGCGUGCGGGGAGACGGUGGGCGCGGCCUGUUUGCAAGGGAAUAGAAGGGCGGAGGCAAUGCGGGAAGCAGGACGCAGCCCGGAUUUUAUCAAAAAGGUACGGCCUAUGGCCUCGGGAACGCCAAACAAAUCCGCGCUCUUCUUCGUGAAACGCCCACCGCUUUCAGCGCGAUGGAU